AGAUGUCUAUGGUCCGAAGAUCUAGCAUGGACCGAAUGUCCUCAAGCAUGACCUCCAGCAUGACCGGAAUGGGUCUUGGUGGAAUCACCGGCAUAACAACAGGAAUGAGUACGAUGAGCUGCACUAGGGAACAGCCGAUGACGAUUGGUGGGAUGCCAUCUAAUUACGUUCCUGGCUUGUCGGCAUACUACAACAUUUCGAGCUUUUGCCAGCGUCCGGGCCAAACACGUCGCUGGCCGAUGCAACGAGCCGGCCCUACAGCCCAACAUCGUCCCGGUCGCUCACACAGCACUGGCGCGCUGCAUCGCAUGAAACAUUCCAUGAGAAACAGCCCUAACACUCAAUACACCCAUAAUUUGAUCUGCAAGAUGGCUGAUCAGAAUGAACGCCGUCGUCGACAGGAUACGUUAGAAAUGAUACCACAGAGCUACUACUCACAGCAACCUCUUAAAGUGGAGUUAACUGAGUUCUACUCUCGGGAUAACUCCAAAGAUCACCACACAGAACAAUAUGAUCUGGUCAACGACAACAUUCUUCCAAAUCCUGUUCUUCGCCGAGGCCAAAACUUCUUCUUUGCUGUUCGCUUUGAUAGGACAUAUGAUAAACAACAGGAUAUGAUUCGCCUCGUGUUCUGUUUUGGUCCAAAGCCCAGUGUCACAAAAGGCACUCGAGUUGUUUUGCCCGUAAACUGGAGCACACAACAGGGCGUUUUCCAACAUUCACGGGAGAUGAUGGGUAUGGGCAUGGGUUUGGGUAUGUCUCGUAUCCAAGAUACAAGCACUGGAAUGGCAACAAUGGGCACGAUUGGUACCAUGGGCACAAUGAGUUCCAUGGGACCUAUGAGUGGCAUGAGAGAAACGACCACUUACGGAGUACGUCGCAGCUCAUUUAGCAACGAACCCCUGCCACUCCAACAUAGUCCACUUAGUCCUCAUGGACCCAUGGAUAGACCAAUGAUAGAGCGCUAUGGAGGAACUACUCAGCAUUCAUCAUUUGGACGUGGAUACGGAUCACGUCAUGGAUCUCGUCACGGGUCAAUGCAAAACUUAGCUGCACUCGCUCACGACAUGGACCGAUGGGACAUUAGUAUACAGCGUCAAGAUGGUAAUACGAUUACCUUCCAAGUUCACGUUCCCGCUACUGCUCCCGUCGGCGUGUGGAACUGCUGGGUGCAGACCAAUCGUUUUGGUCAGCGUGACAACCGACACGAUUACAAAUGUGACGAAGAUGUUUAUAUUCUUUUCAACCCGUGGUGCCGCGAAGAUCCCGUUUACAUGGAUAAUGAAUCAUCACGAAAGGAGUACGUACUUAAUGAGCAAGGCAAAAUUUGGUGUGGUACCUGGCGUCAACCCAAGGGUCGAAAAUGGAUUUAUGGACAGUUUGAUGAUGUGGUAUUGCCUGCUUGUAUGUACUUAUUGGAGCGCAGCGGCUUGGAACAUUCUGAACGUGGUAACCCUGUCCGUGUUUGCAGAGCUAUUUCGUCAAUGAUCAAUGCCAACCAUGAUGACGAUGGUCUAAUGGUGGGUCGCUACGAUAGUGAAUAUAAGGAUGGUGUUGCACCUCACGCUUGGACAGGUUCAGUUGCGAUUCUGGAACGCUACCUGUCCGACGGCGGCCGACCUGUUGAGUACGGCCAAUGCUGGGUGUUCUCCGGCUUGGUUGUAACUAUUUGCAGGGCUCUUGGUAUUCCUUGCCGUUCAGUAACGAAUUAUGUAUCAGCUCAUGAUACCAACAGGACCUUCACGGUGGACAAAUACUUUGACCGCGACGGAAAUGAGGUACCGAAUGGUCCGGACGAAGACUGUUAUGAUUCUUGCUGGAAUUUCCAUGUUUGGAAUGAUGUUUGGAUGCAAAGACCGGACUUACCACAAGGGUACAGUGGCUGGCAGAUCAUUGAUUCGACACCUCAGGAGGAGUCUGAAUCUGUUUAUCACUGUGGGCCGGCUAGUGUGGAAGCUGUUCGCCGAGGUGAAGUUGGCUUCCAAUAUGACACGCCAUUUAUGUACUGCCAAAUAAAUGCUGAGCUUUGCCACUUCCAAGAGGAAGAGAACUCGGAAUGGGGAUUCAUUAGAAUGGCCUCUAAUCAAUACCAAGUCGGACGGAAGAUUCUUACGAAAAAUCCAAGCCGCGAUGAUGACGAGGGAGAGAGUGACAUGCUGGAGAUCACUCACGAAUAUAAGACUGUAGACAGCUCGUCACCCGAGCGUCUCGCUAUCAUUGCCUCUUGCCGCGGAUACCAACGCUUGCAACAGUACUAUGAGUACCCAGACCGCAACUUUGAGGAUGUGUAUUUCGACCUCAUGGAUAUUGACAUAGUGCCUUACGGACAACCAUUUGAUUGCACCAUGAACAUUCAGAACAAAUCUCACGAAGAUCGUACCAUCUGGUGUGUUCUAACAGCAUCUUCAUGCUACUACACUGGCGCAAUCGCUUCGCGUGUGCGAAGGGCGCAGGGUGAGUUCAUCGUUCGAGCUGGACAGCGAGAAGUAUUGAAGCUUCACGUGACUCCUCAAGAAUACAUGGAUAAACUAGUAGAUCACUCCAUGGUGAAGGUGCAUGCCAUGGCUUAUGUAAAACAAACUCGCCAGGCUUGGUCUGAUGAAGAUGACUUCCCGCUGCACAAGCCACGCAUGCAAGUGCAGGUGAGAAGCCAGCCGUGCGUAGGUCAAGAAUGCGCCAUCACCUUCAGUUUCCAGAACCCAUUGAAUGUCCAACUGACGGACUGUUACUUCACAUUCGAAGGACCUGGUGUUCAAAGGCCAAGACAGAUACGAUUCCGUGACGUGAAGCCUGGUGAGUUCGUGAAUUACCAAGACAAGUUUGUGCCGCGGCGCCAGGGAGAGCGCCGCAUCGUGGUGACGUUCUCGUCGCGGCAGAUGGACGAGAUCUUCGGAUGCACGUCGGUGACCGUGCGCGGCUAG